AUGGAACAAUGCAUUAGGAGUAAACAAGGUAUGUAUCUUUUUUGGUUGCUAUGUCUUCCUGGAGCAUUAUGUAUUUCAAUCUACUAUUCUACACCUGAAGAAACCAAAAAUGGUUCUAAAGUGGCUAAUGUGCUGAAGGAUUUGAAACUGGAAGUACAGGAAUUCAUUGAUCGCAGAGCCCAUCUCAUUUCUGAAAGCACUAAACAGUAUUUCUCCCUUGAUAUUCAUACUGGGGAUAUAUUGAUAAAUGAUAAAGUAGACCGGGAUGUUCUGUGUAGCCAGACAGAUGUUUGCAUACUUACAUCUCAAAUUGUGCUUGACAACCCGUUGGAAUCAUACAAUAUUGAAAUAGUAAUAGAAGACAUAAAUGACAAUGCUCCCAAAUUCUCGAAAAAUGAAUUUGGGAUAGAAAUUCCUGAGAAUGUUGCUACAAAUAUGGUACUUCCCUUGGAAUCUGCAGAUGAUGAGGACUUAGGAGAAAACAGCAUCCAAAACUAUACACUCAGCACCAAUGACUAUUUUUGGCUUCAUGUGCAAAGGAACAAAGAUGGAAUUUACAGCGUGGAUCUUGUUCUAAACAGAUCACUAGAUAGAGAAAAGGUGUCACGUCUCAAUAUCACCCUAAUGGCUGUUGAUGGUGGGGUACCACAGAAAACAGGCACUGUUCAAAUCAACAUUGAUAUUCUGGACAUAAAUGAUAACCCUCCUCAAUUUUCCCAAUCUGAAUAUAAGGUAAAAAUAAAGGAAAACCUUCCUAUGGGCACUUCAGUGGCUAAAGUGGAAGCUACAGAUCUUGAUUUGGGUUUAAAUGCACAAGUCAUCUACUCAUUCCAUGGAACGCCUGAAAGAAUAAACAAUUUGUUCAUUUUAAAUGAACGGUCUGGAGAAAUUACUCUUAGGGGACAGAUUGAUUAUGAAAAAGAAAGGAGUUAUAGCAUGAGCAUCAGAGCAACAGAUGGAGGAGGACUUUCAGGGCACUGCAAAAUACUAAUAAAGGUUGAAGAUGUCAAUGACAAUGCCCCAGAGGUGUCCAUCAUAUCUCUGACCCACAUCUUAAAGGAGGAUUCGCCUUUGGAGAAGGUGGUGGCCCUCUUCAGUGUGAGAGACCAAGACUCUGGAGACAACAGCAAAACAAUCUGCUCUGUGGAGAUGAAUCUUCCUUUUGUGCUCAAAGCCACCACAAACAACUUUUAUCAGCUUGUGCUCCAAAGUCCCCUAGACAGAGAGACAGUCUCUGAGUACAACAUCACCAUCACAGCCAUUGACUGGGGAUCUCCUAGGCUCACUUCAACAAGAUUGAUUAAUGUUCAGAUCUCCGAUGUCAAUGACAACUCUCCCCUUUUUGAAAAGUCUUCAUAUGACAUGCAGAUCCGGGAGAAUAAUAUUCCAGGCUUGCUCAUCGGCUCAGUCCACGCUCUGGAUCUGGACACAAAGCUGAAUGCUAAAGUGAGUUACUUAGUUCUGCCCGGGAAGAGUGAGGGCCUGGUGACCUCUUACAUCUCAAUCAACUCUGAAACUGGAAACAUGUAUGCCCUCCGGUCCCUAGACUAUGAGCAGAUAAGAGGCUUCAGAGUUACUGUGAGGGCAUCUGAUGGAGGUUCUCCUUCCCUGAGCUCAGAAGUGAUUGUCCGAAUCCACAUUAUAGAUGAGAAUGACAAUGCUCCCUUCUUCCUGUAUCCCCUCCAAAACAACACAUCCCCAUGCAACGAGCUGGUUCCCAAGUCAGCCGAGGCCGGCUAUCUGGUCACCAAGGUGGUUGCAGUGGAUGCAGAUUCUGGACAAAACUCUUGGCUUUCCUAUGAAUUGCUGAAGGCCACGGACCCAGCCCUUUUCAGCAUAGGAGCACAGAAUGGGGAAGUGAAAACCAGGAGGGCCCUGAAUGAGCGAGAUGCUAACAAGCAGAGGCUGGUGAUACAGGUCAGAGACAACGGUCUUCCUCCACAGACCAGCACGGUGUUGCUUAAUGUUCUUCUUGUGGAUGGCUUUUCGGAUCCCUUCCUGAGGAGGGUGGAUGUCAGCGUGCAAGAACCGGAAGAAGACAAAACCUUGACCAAGUAUUUGGUGAUCUGCUUGGCUGCAGUCUCCUUUGUGUUCCUGGUCUGCAUUGUUGUGUUUAUUGUGGUGAAAGUCUUCAAGAAGGAUCCCCAAAGCCAUUUUACUGCGGCUGUUCCUCACUUCCCACAUGCCAGUGUUGAUACCCAAGAGAACUGUGCUGAUUCACAGAAUGGGUCACUUUCCAGAACUUACCGUUAUGAUGUUUGUUUGACUGGUGGAUCCUUAAGUAGCGAGUUCCGAUUUCUCAGGCCUCUCUUUCCGGUCUUUUCGGUGGGAGAUGUAAAUAUUCCUGGGUAUCACAAGAAUUCUGGUUGUGAAGGCAUCUCUGAGCAGGGUGCAGAUAACCAAUUACAUGAACAGAAAUGGCGAAUAGAAUGUCAAAAUGACGUAUUAGUUUUUGCCUGGGAAGAUCAGAAAUGGCCCAGCUCUAUCCUCAUCUCCAUCAGCUCUGAAACUGGGAACUUGUAUGCCAUUCGAUCCUUAGAUUAUGAGGAUAUACCAAAUUUCCAGGUGAUGAACAGCACUUCUCCAUCAAAUGAUCUGGUUCCCAGGGGAGCAGAGACAGGCUACCUAGUCAUUAAAGUGGUGGCAGUGGACAGAGAUUCAGGGCAGAAUUCUUGGCUUUCCUAUCAGUUGCUGAAGGCCACAGAUCCAAGUCUCUUUGCUGUUGGGACUCAGAAUGGAGAGGUGAAAACCAUGAGGCUGGUGAACAUCCAAGACAGUUUCAAACACACUCUUAUUGUGGUAAUUAGGGAUAAUGGGAAGGUAACAUUUGGAGAAAAAAUUGAAGAUAAAGAAAUUUCCUACACAAUGGACGAUCACUUCCUCAAGGGCAAACAAGGUCUGUAUCUUUUGCUUUUCUUCAAUCUUUUUGGAACACUAUGUAUUUCAGUUCAUUAUUCUGUCCCUGAAGAAAAGAAAAAUGGGUUUGUAGUGGCUAAUAUAUUGCAGGAUUUGCAAUUGAAAAAAGGAGAACUCUCUACUCGCAGAGCCUGUUUAAUUUUUGACAACACUAAAGAAUAUUUCCACCUUGAUAUCCAAAAUGGAGAUUUGUUGAUAAAUGAUAAAAUAGACAGAGAAGCUUUAUGUGGUCAAAAGGAGCCUUGUUUAAUUUUAUCACAAAUUGUUCUAGAAAACCCACUGAAAUUUCAUAAUAUUGAAAUACAAGUCGAAGAUGUGAAUGAUAAUGCUCCUAACUUCACAAAAAAUACAUUUACUAUACAAAUAUCAGAACAUGUCCCAGUGAAUACCCGAAUUCAGAUGGAAUCUGCUCAAGAUGCUGAUCUAGGAAAAAAUGGUAUCCAAAAUUACACACUCACUAAAAAUUCACAUUUCACAGUAGAAGUACAGACUGAUGAACAUGAAAAAAGAAAUGUUGACCUUAUUCUGCAGAAACCACUAGACAGGGAGAAGAUGCCUCAUCUUCAAUUAACUCUGAUGGCCAUUGAUGGAGGAGUGCCACAAAAAACAGGCACUGUUCAAAUUAAUAUUGAUGUUCUAGAUAUAAAUGACAACUCUCCUCAAUUUUCUCAAUCUGAAUAUAAGGUAAGGAUAAAGGAAAAUCUUUCUAAGGGCACACUGUUGAUUAAGGUGGAGGCUAGAGAUCCUGAUUUUGGUUCAAAUGCACAGAUCCUCUACUCAUUCCAUCGAGUGCCUGAACAAAUAAAUAAUUUGUUCCAGUUAAAUGAAAGGACUGGAGAAAUUACUGUUAGGGGACAGAUUGAUUAUGAAAGGGAAAGUAGUCAUAGCAUAAACAUCAAAGCAAUGGAUGGAGGAGGACUUUUGGGUCAUUGCAAGAUACUAAUAGAGGUUGAAGAUGAAAAUGACAACCCUCCAGAAGUGUCCAUCAUAUCUCUGACCAGCACUUUAAAGGAGGAUUCUCCCUUGGACACAAUGGUGGCCCUCUUCAGUGUGAGAGACCAAGACUCUGGAGACAACAGCAAAACAAUCUGCUCUGUGGAGAUGAACCUUCCUUUUGUGCUCAAAGCCACCACAAACAACUUUUAUCAGCUUGUGCUCCAAAGUCUCCUAGACAGAGAGACAGUCUCUGAGUACAACAUCACCAUCACAGCCAUUGACUGGGGAUCUCCUAGGCUCACUUCAACAAGAUUGAUUAAUGUUCGGAUCUCCGAUGUCAAUGACAACUCUCCCCUUUUUGAAAAGUCUUCAUAUGACAUGCAGAUCCGGGAGAAUAAUAUUCCAGGAUUGCUCAUCGGCUCAGUCCACGCUCUGGAUCUGGACACAAAGCUGAAUGCUAAAGUGAGUUACUUAGUUCUGCCCGGGAAGAGUGAGGGCCUGGUGACCUCUUACAUCUCAAUCAACUCUGAAACCGGAAACAUGUAUGCCCUCCGGUCCCUGGACUAUGAGCAGAUAAGAGGCUUCAGAGUUACUGUGUGGGCAUCUGAUGGAGGUUCUCCUUCCCUAAGCUCAGAAGUGAUUGUCCGAAUCCACAUUAUAGAUGAGAAUGACAAUGCUCCCUUCUUCCUGUAUCCCCUCCAGAACAACACAUCCCCAUGCAAUGAGCUGGUUCCCAAGUCAGCCGAGGCCGGCUAUCUGGUCACCAAGGUGGUUGCAGUGGAUGCAGAUUCUGGCCAAAACUCUUGGCUUUCCUAUGAAUUGCUGAAGGCCACGGACCCAGCCCUUUUCAGCAUAGGAGCACAGAAUGGGGAAGUGAAAACCAGGAGAGCCCUGAAUGAGCGAGACACUAACAAGCAGAGACUGGUGAUACAGGUCAGAGACAACGGUCUUCCUCCACAGACCAGCACGGUGUUGCUUAAUGUUCUUCUUGUGGAUGGCUUUUCGGAUCCCUUCCUGAGGAGGGUGGAUGUCAGUGUGCAAGAACCAGAAGAAGACAAAACCUUGACCAAGUAUUUGGUGAUCUGCUUGGCUGCAGUCUCCUUUGUGUUCCUGGUCUGCAUUGUUGUGUUUAUUGUGGUGAAAGUUUUCAAGAAGGAUCCCCAAAGCCAUUUUACUGCGGCUGUUCCUCAUUUCCCACCUGCCAGUGUUGAUACCCAAGAGAACUGUGCUGAUUCACAGAACGGGUCACUUUCCAGGACUUACCGUUAUGAUGUUUGUUUGACUGGUGGAUCCUUAAGCAGCGAGUUCCGAUUUCUCAGGCCUCUCUUUCCUGUCUUUUCGGUGGGAGAUGCUAACAUCACAGGCAACCACUGGACUUCUUCUGGACCCCAAGAUAUAUCUGAGCAGGUUGAAAUUAAUGGCGCAAAGAAAGAGGGCAAAGUUCCUUUGUCUGAAGAUCCUGCUGCUAAAUCUGGAGGCCCAAGUUGUACUGUAAAUCAAGCAAUAGGUGCAAAUAUGAACUCUGGUCAAAGCAACUGGCUUUCCUAUCACUAGAUGACAAUUACCAACUCCAUCUAUCGUUCUGUCUCUGUCAGAAGACACAUGCAAGAAUCCUCUAGCCUGAAAAUAAUGGGUCCUCUGUAUAAAAGAACAUCAGAGACACAUUUUGAAAACUCUUUAAAACAAGAAUGCCCUUAUGCUGUUUCAUUCACUUUGACUGAAUUUGUGUGAAAUGAUAUACCAUUGGAUUAUAUGCAAACAUUUUACCUAAUAUAUAACUGAUUUAUUAUUUCUGCUUUGUAGAAUUUUACAAUAGGCUACUGCUUUUUUUUACCUAGGAGACCCACUUGCAUGUUUAUCAUUAUGAUUCUUCUUUGAUUUAUGAGAUUAUGCUGCUCUCCAUAAAAUAUUUUAAAUAGUUAUAUUAAUUCUUUGGACAUUUUAUUCACUUAACGAACAAAAUGUACCUACUUAAAUUUCUGAUAACACAAGUCAUUCCUAAUGAUGGUGCACAUUGUAUCCUUGGUGUAUCUAAGUCCUCAGUUACAUCAUUAUCUGAGGUAAUGCUUGAAAUAGUGAUUUUCACAAUACCCAAACACUACAUGUGCAUGUCUAUAUGCAAAAUCGAAUUUCAGUAAUAAACAAUUUUUCUUGAUUUCCAUCACAGUGUACAGUAUUACAUACUGUACAUUCAUACACACAUACUUGCAUGCACACACACAUAAUAAACUGCAAGGUAACUAAUUCUCCUUUGGAAAAAGUGGAAUAAACUAUGCACAAUUUGAAAAGACCGCUGUGCCCUCAGUAUCAUUAUAGUUAAGAGGACCAAAUAAGCUCCCUCAGUCGUUUGCUGCCCUGUUCACUUAUAGUGAUCAGAGAUAUUCCAAGGGUAAUUAAAUUAGUUUUAACACUAAUAUUGACAGUACAUUCUACAGCAAAAAAA